UUGAAAAUGAAGUCGCUAACUGUAUUACUAUUAGCAGGUAUUUGUGCUAGUGCCGUGGGAUUCCUAAUCAAAGUCCCUGUCACACCCUCAAGACCUAAAAUUGCUUCAUUCGGAUGGGUUCAUAUACAAAAGAUAAUGCUUCCAUUAUUUGAGAAUGUCUGCGAAGAAAGUUCUAAUCCUUUAAUUAAAAGAUUAAGUGAAGAGUUUAAUCUUGAUGCUACAGACUAUUUGAAAACGAAUGUUGUGGAAAAUUUACAAAGUAUAAAAUCAGGCAAAGGUCUACUUGCCAAAGGGGAAAUAUUUACUGAAACAAACAUAGAUCACUUUAACGAGUUGCGUGCUAUUUACGAAGUACUAUAUUACGCAAAAGACUUUGAUACAUUUUACAAAGCGGCAUGUUGGGCUCGGCAAAACGUUAACUGUGGAGUGUUCGUUGAUGCCAUCUAUAUGGCUCUUGUUACUCGAAAAGAUAUAGAACGAGUAUCAGUCCCCGCACCAUAUGUAUUAUUACCUAAUUACUUCGUAAGGAAGGACUUUAUCAUAAAAGCAUCAUCAAUUAUGAGCGGUGCAGACGUUUCUUCAAUAGAUGGUAUUCGGGAAGAAGGUAACGCUUAUAUCAUAGACGCCAAUUACACCUGCACUGAUUAUGAAGAAACCGAAGAAUCAAAGUUAGCCUAUUUCCACGAAGACGUUGGUUUAAAUUCAUACUUUUUCUUAACGAAUUUGAAAUAUUUACCAUGGGUAGAUACUGAGUUCCAACGUAGUACAAGAUACGGUGAGCACGUGUACCAUUUUAUGAAACAGCUUAUGACUAGAUAUCAUUUAGAAAGAUAUUCCAAUGGAUUAUACGAAUUGGAAGGAAUUGACUGGGAUGAUAUGGAUGUCACUCCUUACGAUCCCAUGCUUAUUUAUUCAAAUGGAAAAGAGUUCUGUACAAGAACCUCAACUGGUGUCAAAAACAUCGACUUGAUAUCCUCAUUGAAAAAUAUUGAGCACAAUAUAGCUACAACAGUAACACAUAUGCUUAAAUACUUGCAGAGAGACGGCGGAUACAGUAAACCAGCAAUUCUUAAUAAUUUAAUGCAAAUCUUAGUAACAAAUAACAACAGCUACCUCAAUUUAGCCAUUCAAGCCGUUAGCAAUGAUGCCGCAGUAAACAGCUCUCCUUCAGCUAUAAGUCAUUACAUGACUAUAAUAAGAGAUCCAAUUUUCUGGAAGAUUAAUAAGAAAAUGGUUGAUCUUGUUAACAACGCUCUGAAAGUAUUGCCAUGUUAUAGUAAGAAUCAGCUCUACUUCCCAGGUGUACAAGUAACUAAUAUUGAUGUGAAAAAAAUGAUUACUUCAUUCGACAGUUAUGAAUUCGAUGUAACUGAUGCAUUGAAAUACGGUGACAAAGACCCUAAUUUCCAGAUUAAAUUUAGCCAAACAAGGCUAAAUCAUAAACCAUUCGCUAUCAAAGUUAAUGUUUCGUCAUUAGUAGUUCAAAAAGGACUAGUAAAAGUUUAUUUGGGCCCGAAAGUUAUGCCCGGAGAUAUCGCUGAAAAGAGAAAAUUAUUUAUGUUAAUUGAUAGCUUUGAAGUUAACUUAAAGAAGGGAAGUAAUAUUAUAACAAGGACAUCAGACGAAAUCAAUAACAUAUCUGAAGAUUUUACUCCAUUAGAUACAGUUCGCAAGGGAGUUGUGGAUUCUGAAUUUGGAGUAGAUGCCUUAUCACUGAAAUCAGUAAAAUCCCAAAUUGGAUUCCCGACGCGACUAAUACUGCCGAAAGGUAGUACAGAUGGUUUACCGUUCCAAAUAUUUGUUAUCGUCGCUCCUUACGUUAAGGCAGUUCAAGGAGGUUCUAAAACAAACAUUGAAUUAAACUAUGACGCAAUUUUAUCUCCAGGCUAUCCGUUAGACCUAGAUAUCGAAAUCCAAGAAAUAUUUAAUCUUCCCAAUGCGUUGGUGAAAGAUAUCAUUAUAACAAAUAAGAUUGAUAGCAAGCCUUCAAUAUAUGGACGUGAUGGUAGUAAUUAUGGUGGUGAACAAAACUGGCAAAAUGUCAAUUACCAAGAAAAAGAAAUUGUAACUGAUCCAUUAGCUUUAGUAGCACGACCCGAGUUCACUAUGAAGAAAGAUCAAACCGAUUAUAAAUCUCGCAAGGGACAGUAUGGAAAAAAAGAAGAAUCUGUUGUAGCAAACGAUCAAAUGAAGUUUGACGAAGCAGAUAAAACUGAUGUGAUAAAAACCAAUCGUUUGGCAUUAGCGUCGAAAUCGGAAUUUACUAUAAAGAAAGACCAGAGUGAUUAUAAAUCAAGCAAAGGUUUGUUCAGUAAAAAAUAUGAUUUUGAAGCUGAUGGUCGCGAUACAAUAGUUACUAAAAAGGAUGACGGAACUGAUAUGCGAAAAGAUGUUGAAAUAAAUAAAGUAGUUACUUUCAAAGACGAUAAAGGCGACGAUUUUGAAUAUAAUGUAAUAAAAGAUUACGAAAAUCUAAACAAAUUUCACAAAAUUGUUAAAGAUCAAGUGAAAGAAUUUAAGGAAAAAGAUGGAGUGGACACAGUUAUUGAAAAAGAUAUCGAUGUUACUGUCGAACCAAAAAGAUUAUUGCAAUCAACAAAGAAACGUUAUCCAACCAUUUUUAAUAUCAUUUUAAAACCACCACAAUUCACAUUCGAUGAUUCGAGCAUUGAAAAGGUAUACGAAUAAAGUUAAAAAUAUUAAGUGUAAGUUUAAUUAUUUAUGUCGUUGUUAAUAUUAUAUAAUGUUAAAAUUUUUGACAAUAAAUUUUUAAUCAU